GGGCGGUCCCUCGAAAGAGACGCCGGGCGGAGAAGCUGUGCUGGCUAGGGCGGAAGGAAAUGGUUGAGCUGAUAAGAUUGGGGGUGUGACAGUGGCUGAAUUGUUAGCGUUGCGAGGGAGCCCCCGAGGAUGCGGACUGGUCCUUGGGCUCUAGAGGCAGAUGUACUUUAAAUUUCACUCCUAUCAAGUGGCUGCGUUUUGAGAGCUGGGAACAGGAAAGAUGGAAGAUGAACUGAAGAUGGAGAGUCAAAACCUUGACCCAGAUCAAGGUCCUUGCUUUGGGAUAGAUGAAUCGAGUCAACAGCCCUUGUACCAGGAAGCACCUUCCCCCAAGCUGUCUGUGACUGAAUUGAGUAGAGAGUUAGACUCGAAGAGUGAGCUGAUAGAUGACAAGGAGUUUGAUAUUCCUCAGGUUGAUACUCCACCAACACUGGAAAGUAUUUUAAAUGAGACUGAUGAUGAAGAAGAGCCAUUUGUUCUUGAGGAUCCUUCUCUUCUAAAUAUUGAUAACAUUGACACUCAUUCAUAUGAUACUUCAUCUGUAGCAAGCUCUGACAGUGGAGAUAGGACACACCUGAAAAGGAAGAAGAAACUUCGUGAUUCUUUCUCUAUCCAUGGCUCUGUAAUACGUCUGUCGCUUUUGAAAGGAAUUUCUGCACAAAUUGUAUCUGCAGCAGCCAAAGUGGAUGCUGGCUUGCCCACUGCAAUAGCAGCAUCAAGUCUCAUAGCAGUGGGAACAUCGCAUGGACUAGCACUGAUAUUUGAUCCUAACCAGGCUCUUCGGCUUUGUUUGGGCAGUACUGCUGUUGGAGCACAGUAUGGGGCUAUAUCUGCUCUUAGUAUCAACAAUGAUUGUUCAAGGCUUCUGUGUGGCUUUGCAAAAGGACAGAUUACAAUGUGGGAUCUGGCCAGUGGAAAGCUUUUGAGAUCAAUAACAGAUGCUCAUCCUCCAGGAACAGCAAUUUUACACAUUAAGUUUACAGAUGACCCAACUCUAGCAAUUUGCAACGACAGUGGAGGCUCAGUAUUUGAAUUGUCAUUCAAGAGAGUCAUGGCUGUGAGAACAUGCGAGUCACGUUGCUUGUUUAGUGGUUCUAAGGGAGAGGUUUGCUGCAUUGAACCUUUACAUGCAAAGGCUGAACUGAGAGACCAUCCCCUCACCCAGUACUCUCUGCUGGCAAUGGCUUCCUUAACAAAGAUUCUUGUCAUUGGUCUGAAGCCGUCUUUGAAAGUGUGGAUGACUUUCCCAUAUGGUCGUAUGGACCCAUCCAGUGUUCCAUUGCUGGCUUGGCAUUUUGUUGCUGUACAGACUUCUGUGAAUCCUGUGCUUGCCUUCUGCCGAGGAGAUGUUGUCCAUUUCCUUCUGGUUAAAAGAGAUGAAUCUGGUGCAAUACAUGUUACAAAGCAGAAGCAGCUACAUCUGCACUAUGACCUCAUUAAUUUUACAUGGAUAAAUUCACGCACAGUUGUGCUUCUGGACAGUGUGGAAAAACUUCAUGUGAUAGAUCGUCAGACACAGGAGGAGCUUGAGACUGUGGAGAUCUCAGAAGUUCAGUUAGUGUACAACAGCAGUCACUUCAAAUCGCUGGCCACAGGAGGCAAUGUCAGCCAAGCACUGGCACUGGUGGGGGAGAAGGCUUGCUACCAGUCAAUCAGCAACUGUGGUGGUCAAAUAUUUUAUUUAGGUACAAAGUCUGUUCAUGUGAUGACACUGCGGAGCUGGAGAGAAAGAAUAGAUCACCUUCUGAAACAAGACUGCCUUAAUGAAGCACUGGCUCUUGCUUGGUCCUUUCAUGAAGGGAAAGCCAAGGCUGUUGUAGGCUUGUCUGGGGACGAACAUAAACGGAAGGCUGUUGUUGCAGACAGAAUGGUUGAAAUCCUUAUCCAUUAUGCUGAUCGAACUAUGAAGAAAUGUCCUGACCAGGGUAAAAUCCAAGUUAUGGAGCAACAUUUUCAGGAUAUGGUGCCUGUCAUUGUUGAUUACUGCCUUCUGCUUCAGCGGAUGGAUCUGUUGUUUAGCCAGAUGUAUGACAAGAUGAGUGAAAAUUCUGUGGCAAAGGGUGUCUUUCUGGAGUGUCUUGAGCCAUAUAUUUUAAGUGAUAAAUUGGCAGGAAUUACAGCUCAAAUUAUGAAAGAUUUGCUGCUUCACUUCCAAGAUAAGAAUUUAAUGGCAAACAUGGAGGCUUGUAUUGUACAUAUGGAUAUCACCAGCCUAGACAUUCAGCAGGUUGUCCUCAUGUGUUGGGAAAAUCAUCUGUAUGAUGCCAUGAUCUAUGUCUACAACAGUGGAAUGAAUGAUUUUAUUACUCCAAUGGAGAAAUUGUUCAAGGUCAUUGCUCAUCCACUUAGUGCUGGAAAGUCUCUCUCAGAUGAGCAAGUCAUUAUGGGCAACAAGCUUCUUGUCUAUAUAAGUUGCUGUUUGGCAGGUCGAGCUUAUCCCUUGGGUAACAUUCCUGAAGAUCUGGUGCCCUUGGUUAAAAAUCAGGUCUUUGAAUUUCUUAUUCGUUUGCACUCAGCUGAGGCGCCCACAGAUGAAGAGGUUUACCCCUACGUACGCACAUUGUUGCACUUUGAUACACGGGAGUUCCUUAAUGUUCUUGCACUGACAUUUGAAGACUUUAAGAAUGACAAGCAAGCUGUAGAAUACCAACAGAGGAUUGUGGACAUCCUUCUCAAGGUCAUGGUGGAGAACUCUGAUUUUACGCCAUCACAAGUUGGGUGUCUCUUUACUUUCCUUGCCCGGCAACUUGCUAAGCCAAACAACACACUGUUUGUGAACAGGACAUUAUUUGACCAGGUCCUUGAAUUUCUAUGUAGUCCUGAUGAUGAUUCACGGCACUCUGAGAGACAGCAGGUUCUCCUAGAAUUGCUCCAAGCUGGAGGCAUUGUACAGUUUGAAGAGAACAGGCUCGUUCAAAUGGCAGAAAAAGCUGAAUUCUAUCAGAUCUGUGAGUUUAUGUAUGAACGGGAACAUUGCUAUGAUAAGAUCAUCGAUUGCUACUUACGUGAUCCAUUGAGAAAGGAAGAAGUUUUCACCUAUAUCCACAAUAUACUCUCUAUUCCUGGGUAUAGCACAGAAGAAAAGCAGUCUGUGUGGCAAAAAGCUAUGAAACACAUUGAGGAGCUGCUGUCAGUGAGUCCCUUUAAAGCAGCAGAUCUGAUUUCAGUUCACUUCAGUGAGCAGAUUGAACAAAUAAUUCAGAACCUGCAGGAUCAAUGUUUGCUUUUUCAGUUUUUGAAGAGUCUACUCGACCCAAGGGAAGGUAUCAAUCAAGACUUGCUUCAGCUUUCUCCCUCUAUUACUGAACAGUUUAUUCAGUUGCUGUGUCAGUAUAAUCCUGACCAGGUUUUGGAGACUUUGCAAUUCCUGGAGUCAUACAGGCUUGAAGAGACAAUUCAGAUCACGCAGAAAUACCAACUCCAUGAAGCUUCUUCCCAUCUACUUGAGAAGAAAGGAGAUAUUCAUGGUGCCUUCUUAGUUAUGCUUGAGUGGCUACAAAGCAAGUUGCUGACAUUUACAUGUGAAGAUGGACAUUCAGGAGAACUUCCUUCAUUAAAGGAUAUUGAAGACAGCUUAGCAAAAACAAUUGCACUUUGCCAAAGGAAUUCACACAAGUUAAAUCAACAGCAGCGAGAGGCACUGUGGUUUCCACUCUUAGAAGCAAUUAUGUCCCCCCAAAAGUUGUCUAGUCCUACUGUGCUGUGCUACUACUCUGAUUUUUUGAAGAACUUGACUAUGCAAGUGCUAAACAACAUGGCAGCAUUCAUUGCCCUGCCACUGAUCUUGCAGAAAAUUCUACAGGAUCCAGUCUAUGGAAGAGGGAAACUGGGAGAAAUCCAAGGUCUUGUUCUGGGCAUGCUAGACAGCUUUAACUAUGAGCAAACUCUUUUGGAGACAACAACUAGCCUACUCAACCAUGACCUCCACUGGUCUUUACGUAAUUUAAAAGCUUCUGUGACUAGAGGGCUCAACCCCAAACAAGAUUACUGCUGCAUUUGUCUGCAGCAGUACAAGAGAAGACAAGAGACUGCUGACCAAAUCAUAGUCUUCAGCUGUGGCCACUUGUACCACUCUGUCUGUCUGCGGAGUAAAGAGUGUGGCACUGAAACAAAGGGACAGAUGAGAUGGACAUGUUUUAAAUGCAAUGCAAGUAACAAAGGUGGAAAACUAAGUGGGACUUCCUCAGAAAUGAAGAAGGGAACUCCAGUAUCUCUGGCUCAGACCAGUUCAGAGGCCCUUUUGGAUCCCCAGCAAGCUCAAGCUUUUGACCAGCUUUGUCGUUUGUACCGAGGAACAUCCAGGUUGGCUCUUUUGACUGAACUCUCACGAGAUCAUGGUGGAGAAAAACAUGGGCUCUUCCGUAUCUCCCAGGGUGAUCCUGCUGUGAAUAGCGUCUUUCAGAAUGAGACCUUCCAACUUCACCUCACUCCUCCUCCUCUUCUGGAAGACUAAUCUCUACUUGCUGGGGCUCCAGGGCAAGCGAAAAGCAGAGUGGAAAGUAUUUCAUGGUCUUCUGAUACUAUAUACCCUGAUGGUGGAACCAGCUCAAGAGAACUUUACUUUGUAUUAAGUAGACAGGAGAUUGCAACAAUAUGGAAUCUUCUGUUUUCCCUUUGUGACUUGCUUAACAAAGCAGAAGGGACAUCAAGAAUAUCUCUGGACCUUAUUUCUACUGGGCUUUGCUGAAAGCUAUAAACUACUCUGUCAAACCUAUGCUAUUCCUCAGUGGAGCUGAGCACAACAGUGCUUGGGGCGACUGCACUAAGCCCCAGGGAUAAAGUGUCUGCAGCCAAAGGUUAUUUAAAUAAUUGGAGUCUGUUCCCUAAGAGAAGACAACCAAGGGAAUACAACAAAUGUCAGUCAUCCAAAGCUGACGUUUCUCAAGCGUCCUAAACUAUCUCAUUUUGAUCUAAAAGAAGCUGUGGAUCUCUACAAUCAGCAUUAUAAUAGGUGGCUGAAUGCACAGAACCCAACUGUAACUCAAAUGAAACAGAACCGCCAAGGACAUCACAACUGAUUACCUGAACUUUUGUGAAAUUGCUUUCUCUAAUGGUUUGCUUCUGAUUUCAGCCAUCCUGAUAAAUCUCUGUAUGUUGUCCCUUCUGCUGGUGGCUCAAGGUGGUUUACUAUGGCAGAUGCUAUUUCAGGAAAGUGUUGCUCAUUAUCAUCAUAAAUCAGAAAUUCUGCUAACAAAGCACAUUGCAGUGUAGCACUCAGCCAACUUGACAGUGGCAAAUAUUUGGUACCAGGUUGUGUGUGUUGUGAGGCCUGCACUAGCUGUGUGCCAGCAUUUCCACAGAGCUCUCACUGUUUCUAGUGUACCAAAAGAAAACAGCACAUUCAUCAUUAUGAUGGCUGCUGCUGCUGCUGAGUUGCUGAGCUGCAUGGAAAGGACAUCCUCUUUCAUUGUAUCCCAUCCUGACCCUAGCCCAUUUAUCUAUAAUGAACUCUGUAUUGAAUUAAAGGGAAGGCUUCAGAUGCUGGUUGGUGCUCUUUUUUUUUAUCUCUCUUCCUUCUGUGUGGACAGAGCAUCCUCAACAGCCUACAACAGGAAUGAGUUUUAACAUUAACUGAAGAUGAAUGUCUCCUGGUCCUCCAUGUUAAGCAUAAGCUUCCCACUAACUAUCCUCUUUAAUGUCCUUACAUCUCCAAAAGCUGGCAGUCGGCAAUUUCCCCUUUCCUGUUUAAGGCAUCUCCUAUCUUCAUGCUAAUCUGUCAAUAGAGAGUGUAGAUUAAAAGGUACAUCAAGGCCAGAAGUUUUUUCACAUGACCCUGCUGCAGAGUGCUGCGUCCAAAGGUGAUGACAAUGUGCGUUGUGUUCCCUCGUCUUUUCUCAUUUAGUGUUCCACUUUAGUGUUGCAUGCAGGAAAGCUACCACCUCAUUAAGGGUACAAAUCUUUCCAUGAGUGGCCUAGUCAUAAGUCUCAUGUCUGUCAUUGACCAUUGUCCCUCUUCUCCCACCCUCUAUAAUCAGUCUAUAAAACUGAUAUAUGUAUAUCAAUAUAUCUGCAUAUGUAUGUAUGUGUGCCGUUGCAACCAUAUGCCUAUUCACUAGCAGAAGCUAGUUCCUUGCUGUAACCCAGAUUCAUACUUAGUUCAAAGUCCUUGUCCUUUCAUCUUUUCUUCUUCAUGUAUCUGAUUUAUUAGGGUGGUAGGUGUUGUGCGAAUUCAGAAGUUAAUUAACAUAAUAGUCUGGUUCGCACAUAACUUUAAGCUGUGGUUUAUUUGAUCAUCUGAACUCUGCUCAGUGGCUUAACUGGAUUGUUUGAACUACGGGUUGUCUGAAACUAUGGUUUGUUGUUGGCUUAUGAACCUCCAGUAGUUGCUAACCAAUUAAAUAGGAUUUUUUAAAUUAUCCAAUUAGUGCUUUUAGAACUUAUGGCAUCAUUUUAUGCUAACCUUUUAAAUGUCUGAUUCUGGGGGACAAUGAUAAUCAUUGUAUUAAUGACUCAUUGAUAUAACAUAUAUAUUUGGAUUUAGUUUGUCAGAUCACCUCCUUAAAUGGUUGUGUUAAAUCUCUUCACCCAAUAUACAUACCCACUGAUGCAGUUAGAAUUAUGAACAUCCCAUCCAUUCUUACAGACUCACACUAAUGCUAAAAUAAUUUGCAGUGUGCAUUAAUGCAGUGGUAGGGAACCUCAGGCCUAGGGACAGAAUGUAGCCCUCCAGGCCUCUUGUAUGUGACCCUUGGGACUCUCCCCAGACACUCCCCUCACUGGCCCUGCUUUGCAUCUUCCUGGAGUAUUUUUGCCUGGCUGGAAUGUCCUUGAAAUCUGAUAAUGCCUUGAUGUGUGUAGAAUAUAGCCUUUUGUACAAGGGUAAAAUUUAAAUUCAUUUAUUAUUAUUGUUGUUAUUAUUUAUACUCCGCCUUAUGGCCAAAAGGCCCUCAAGGCGGCUUACAAGAAGAACACAA